GUUCGUCUGUGGACUCUCUCUGUGGGUCACACUGUAGUCAUCACUGUGCUGUUCACUAAAUCAUGGAGUGUUUAUUCCCUCUGCAGCGGCAUCAAACAGACGCAGCAGCACGCUCGUCUGCAGCGGUCGGGCUGCCUGGUGUUCUGGAUGUUUCUGCUGGAUGCGUUUGUUUUGAUCACCUGGCAGAUCCUGGACCCCCUCAGACGGGUGGAGCAGCAGCACAGCGUACAGCGUGUCUCUGCUGAUGAGGACGUUCUCGUCCGUCUGUACUCUGAGCGCUGCAGCAGCACCAGCGCGGAGCUGUGGCUCACCGCGGUCUACGGAUACAAAGCCCCUCUGCUGGGUCUUGGAUGUUUCGUGGCCUGGAGCAUCAGGUCUGCGCAGGAGGAUCGUCCCGCUCUCCGCAGUAAACAGCUGACUCUGAGUGUGUUUACUGUGACGGCCUUCAGCGUGUCAGGAGCGUCAGCGUCGCUGCUGACCUCCCACAAUCCUCCUGUUCACUUCUGUGUGACCAGCGUCCUCAUCCUCUGCUGUAACGUCCUCACCCUGAGCUGGCUGUUCGGGCCGAAGUUGUUCUUGGUGUGUUGGAGCAGCAGCGAGCUGCAGCAGCCGUCAGAGCUGCAGGCUGAAGCUGCAGAGGGAGAGGAGGAGGAGGAGGAGGAGGAGGAGAAGAUGAAGCUGAGCAGAUUAAACCAGCAGCUGAGGAGUCAAACUGCGCAGCUCGAUGUAGAAAUAGAAACCAUCACCAUGCAGCUCUUUGAAUCGGAGGAAGCUGAUCCCGAGCUGAAGCUUCACCACACGACCGGAGGACAAAUCAACGGAGGUGACGUCAGAUCUGUGACGUGGACUCAUGCAGCUCAGGUCUGUCCUGAGGUCAGGAACUCGGAGACGAAACCUUCAAGUCCAGACGGCAUCAACUCUCCUGAACACGUGCGGCGCCGUCUGUCCGUGCAGCUGCCGAUCCUCCAUCAUUCCUACCUGCCCGCCAUCGGUGGCGUCAGCGCCAGCAGCUCCAGUCUGUUCGGCAGCCAGGACCUCUUCGUUUACCCCGAUGACAACUUCCCGUUCAGAUGACGCCACACAACUGCUGCACCAAUCAGACGGCAGCUGUGGCCCUCACCUGCGACUGACGGCUCAGGAUUCUGGUCUUGUAUUUCAUUUUGAUUUUUUUUAUUAAUGGGAAUAUAUAUGGGACCAUAUACAAACAAAAUAAGACAUUCACACCCACAGAAACAGAGAGAAGCUUUCUUUAAUCGACACUGUUAAACUGUUAUCUGUCAAUGACUUGAUUUGUAAAAAAAA